AUGAUUCUACGGAGCAUCUACCUCCUGGCCGCCGCCAUCCUCCCGUUCGCCUGCGCUGAUGUGCAAGUCAUCGCUCCUCAACCGGGAGACACAAUCACCGGACUCAAUCUACAGAUACAGUGGAAAGACUCAGGCAAUUCACCACCUCUCUCCCAACUGGCUAAUUACCAACUGUUCCUAUGUGCGGGAGGAAACGUUGACUCCAGCUAUAUCCCACUAGCAACACUUGUUCAAGAAGGUACCUACACGACCGGCAACUCGAUCACUAUCACUUUGCAACCGGGAACUGGUGCUGAUGUGCCCAAUGCCUAUUUCUUGAAAUUCGUGUCCGCUGCUACGGGAGGCACCGUCAUCAACUUCUCCGACCGUUUCACCCUCAAAAGCAUGACUGGCACGUUUCCAGCUGUGGUACAGCAAGGCUUAAGGACCGUCUCUGGUACCGCUGGUCCAGCCGACGUCAACAACAUUCAAGCCCCUCAAGCGGGUGCUGGUCAAAACACCCCGACUGUCGGAGAUGGUGCCUAUGAUACCCCAUACACAAUGCAGACGGGGACAAUUCGCUAUGCUCCCAUGCCUCCAUUGGCCCAAACGAAGAUCACUGCAAAGAACGCUUCUCCUCUAUGGCCUACCAGCGCAUACACUGUGUACCAGACCAUUGCGGGAACCCCAAAUGCUAUUACGACCAACACGUUACCCAUUACAUUCAGCGUUUCUAGUAGAGAGAAUCCGGCUGCUGCGGCUGGCCAACCCACUGACGCAGCGAUGCAGAAAUUCCUCAAUCGGUGGAAGGACUGA